AUGAAAUUUGGCAAGUCAUACUUGGACGUGCUAGCCAACCCUACGUUCCCGGACGAGUGGCGCAAGGGUGCGAUUGAGUACAACGAGCGAGAGCUCGGCACGGGUAACAGUCCUCCGUUCCUCAAGACGGCAGAAAACUCGCCCAACACAUUUGUCUUGCAGGCCAACGAGGGUCUCGCCCCGAUGCCAAAUUCGAGCCCACGCAGGCACUCAUGGGGACAGUCGAGCACGCAGACCUCGGCGGACAAGGAAGCACUGCCUCCUUUGAUGCUGCCGAGUGGGAAGGACAGCCCUAUGGUGCAGAACAGUGGACCGACGGGCAUGCCUGCAAAGAUGAUGCUUCCUCCGCUCAUGCAGAAGCAGAAGAUGCAGCCUGUUGACGAGCACGACUGGAACGCUUCGCACUGGCUCGACGUCAAAUUGCCCAAGAUUUUCCCGGAAGAUGCUGUCUCUGUCUCAUCGAGUAAAAGCGAAUCGAGCACGGACUCGGACGAUGAGGCUGAACACGAGCACAACUGGAUUGAGAGCGAUUCUGGACGUCGGGCGUGGGCCGAAUACCAAAUCCUGGGCCACUCUCUGCACUUGAACCCGCAGCUUGUUGUGCACAUUGAAUCACCGGAUGCGUUUAGCAGGCGCAACUCGCCCAACUCCAACGCAAGUCCAGACACACCCAAGGUCGGAAUGCGGCAGGGGUCUAAUGACUCUACGCCCACGGCCUCCAAAGCGAAUUCGCCGGUGGCGCGUCUCGGCAAGCAGGCUACCAGGAUGUCGCUCGCCGAGUUUGAUCUUGGGCCCGCUGCCCAAGAACUUCCCACGAUCGAUUCGCCGAGCGUCGCGCUAGAGAAGGCGCAGCACGAAACCCCGCCAGGCUUCCACCACCGCCGUAUUGUGAUCCCGCUGAUGGCCGACGAGCGCUUCUUUGAAUCGCUCGCCGAGGCUCUGCGCAAGCUGCUGCAGCUGCACAUGGUCCAACAAAAGGCCUUGGUGCAGCAUGUGGACGCACUCAGUGCAACGAUUGCACAAGUGGCAAGCCCCGUAAACUCGCCCAAAGAUCUCUAUCAAUGGCGCGAGAUUUUCUCGUUGUGGCUCGAGCACGAUAUCUUUGAGAGCAACAGGGAAUCGGACCGCGGUGAACUCAGUGUCGCGACGUCCGAGAAGCGUUUGCGGCAUUAUAUGAGGGAGCUGGAGAAGCGCGGCUUCCUCGCGCCGCACAGUUCUCUGGUUGUGGAUGGGAAGAAGUUGCCGACCAAGCUGGAUACAUGGGAAGUGGAUGCGACCACGCAGAUGAAUCCGCUUUCCGACCCGCGCAGCAUUCGUGCUCUGGAACAUUUCCUGCGCUUGAACGUGGCGCUCGUGUCUCUGAAGCGUUUCCAGCGCCUCAACAUUGAGACCGUGCGCAAGAUCCUCAAGAAGCACGAAAAGAAGACUGCGCUGCACGCGCAUCAAUCGUUGGGACGCAUGAUUGCUCAGAUGGAGCCAAAUGCGCUGGUCAGAGCCGCCGCCAACGACAGUCUCUUGCCUGAGUUGGACUGGGACAAGGCGAGUCAUCUCGACAUCCUGAAUUCGCUUUCUGCGCUGGUCCCUAUUGGCAUGACCACGGCUAACCAGCUGUCACUUCCCCGCAUCUUGGCCUCGAUGUUGACCAAGUCGCUGUUGCCUGUGCUUCCAAGUGUGGAUGACUACAGCUGCCUGGUUUGCAUGAGCCUCGCCUACCAGCCCAUCCGUCUGCGCUGCAGUCAUCUGUUUUGUAUCCGAUGCCUGGUCAAGCUGCAGAAACAGGGCAAUGACAACUGCCCGCUCUGCCGGUCUAUUGACGCUGUGAAGGAUGCAGACGAGCAUAACCUGGACUCUGAAAUGGCGGCGUACCUCCGCCAAUGGUUCCCGCAGGAAGUUGAGGAAAAGACGCAAGAGAACAAGUCGGACCGUCUUGUGGAAGAACGCAAGGAACAGGAGAUGAAGAAGAAGAAGCGCUUUGCUCGCUUCCGUCGCCGCCACCAUGCGGACGACGAGCGCAACCACGACUGCGUGAUUGUGUAG